GAUCAGCCUUCUCGUCAUUCUAUUACUCGCGGCUGAUAACGUUGGACGUUUGGAAGACUCGCUCCGCGGUGCGCCGUCGUGUUAACACAAGAUCCGUGCGUGAUACAGUGAUAUCUAGGGAUUUCUCAUGAAUUAGUGAUUGGAAGUGUUCGAGGAAACAAGCUUGAUCUAGUGGUUGUUUUCUUACAUACUUAUGUGCAAGUUUAAGUGAAGAUUACCCUGUUCAACUGUGAACUAGUUCGAUUUCAUCCGCCAUUUUUGGUCCAUCAUGUCGCCAUCUUGAAUUGUGAACUUCGUAGACAACGUGUACCCGUAUUCUAUCCAGCUUAGGCCGUUUAAACCGUGAAAAUCUUCAAAUUCUGCAUAUAAAUAAGAACGUUUUAAAUUCAAUCAUGCGAGUAGAUUGGCUUAUUCCAGUGCUUUCAGUCGCGCAUUUUGCAAUAAUUAGCAUUGCGAGCAGUAACGCCGCUGAUAACGGUGAACUCUGGACGCUUCUGAUCAAUGGGAAACUCAACCAGAUCAAAACAAAAGAGUCACCGGAGGUCACGCCGACAGAGGCAGCAGUUACUCAUUCAGAAGUGGCCAUUAACGGCAAUAUCAAUUACGCCAGCAGUGAUAAUGAUGCGGAAGACGGCGAACAGCUGUUCGACGCGGGAGACUCGAUCGAGACGCUAAACGAGGGGACGAUCACGCUGACUGACGACGAUAAUGCUACGAUGGCCGACUUGUUUGGUGGUGAUUGGGAAAGCUCCAUUGAGACAGUUCGGGAAAACGAUAACGACACUGCUGUAACCGGUAGCGGUGAAAUGUUUGAUGAUAACGAAGGAAUGCAGGCGGAUGCUUCAGAGCUAGACGAUGAAAUAAUUGAUGUUUUGCGAAGGAAGCCGGCGUCACGUGAGAUGUUGGGGUUGCUCGGGCUAUUGAAGGAGAAGAACGAAACGGAGGAAAUGAAAACGAAGCUGAAGCAAAUGCUUCGGCCGAUUUCUGAACGCUUAUCAUCGGGAUUGCCUAACAUAUUGGAGGAAACGACGACAAUUACUACUCCAACCGAGGAAGCCGUUUCCGUUGACCCAAUUGAAGCGGAAUCAUUGGUGUCGGAUGGUAUUCACAAUCCACCUGUCAACAGUAUCCUUAUACCAAAUCUUGGGAAAUCUCUCCCUGCCAUUCGUCGUGGUUACGAAGCUCCAGCUGAAGGUCAGCGUAGCUUAGUCAUAGUUUUCGACGCUACAGGGUCCAUGUUAGACGAUCUUAAGCAACUCAGAGAUGGUGCAAAGCUCAUCAUCGAUGAAAUUACUCAGCUGGACAGCAACCCCAUCUACAAUUACAUAUUUGUACCAUUCCGUGACCCGCAAGUAGGGCCUCGUCUAGUGACCCGCAGCAAGGAUGAGUUGCUACAAUCUCUUGAAAAACUUCAGAUUUAUGGAGGUGGCGAUUGCCCAGAAGCCGCACUUGCCGCCAUAUCGGACGCCAUCGAGGCUGCCUUGCCGAAUUCCUUUGUUUACGUCUUCACUGAUGCUACAGCCAAGGAUUACAAGCUCGAUCAACGAGUUCUACGCUUGGUCCAACAGAAGCAGACACCAAUCACAUUUCUGCUAACUGGGUUCUGCGAAGGCAAAGACACUCCUGGUCACAGAGUUAUGAACGACAUUGCAGCCGCAAGCAAUGGUCAAAUUUACGAUCUGAAAAAGGAUCAAAUCGAACAUGUCCUGCUCGGCAUCAAAGGGAUGAUGAACAUCGAUCACGUUCCUCUCAAAUCCGUGGAUUCAAAGACACCCGAAUCACACAACAUUGAUCUGAACGUAGAUAGCACUUUGAAGGAGUUUAGCGUAAGUGUAGCUGGCCAUCGUCCAACUAUCGAAAUCUCGGAUCCUCAUCACAUCCCUUAUAACAACACCAAAUCCGUGUUAGAUCUCGAAAACAUUAAAGUGGUCAACGUAGCCGACCCGUCUCCCGGCAAAUGGAACAUUAAAGCCGGUUCAAACUCAUCUCAUUCCGUCCGUCUUUCUGGAAACAGCGAUGUCAAAUUCAAUUUCGGCUUCACGAAAGCGAAGCCCAACACCGUAGACGCCCUCUCUCGACAGCCGGUUCUGAAUUCCGAAACCAUUCUCACCAUUCAACCAUCCCAGCCAGAUUUGGUAGCCAACCUUACCCAUGUUACCGUUACUUCCCACGAUCCAGACAACUCCGACGGAACUUCAUUCAAUUUCAAACUGCCUCUUAGCAGAACAACUCUGAACGAUAGGACAACAGUCUACGUCACGUCGACCUUUCAAGCGCCUAGACAAAAGUUCAAGCUUUCCGUCUCGGGGAAAGAUGCCGAAGGGAAUCCUUUGGAGAGGUUGAUCUCUACUGCGAUCCAAGCCGUGGGGCUGAGCGCUCCAGAGCUUUCGCUGGAUUUCACCGAUGUUGAUCUGCUGGAAGGCGACGAUUUCGAAAUAAACUGCCGUGGUGAAUCGUUAGUGCCUAUGCUGAUGCAGUGGAAGAAGUUCAAUCGAGUUUUAAUUGAGCAGAAUUUUGACAAUACAGAUACUCUACGACUACAGAUGACAAACGUGACGACCAAGCAUUCAGGCCGGUAUGCUUGUCGUGCUAUGAACAGUGUUGGUGAGCAGGAAAUACUGGCCGCAGUUAGGGUCAAAGUACGUCCACAACCAGAAAUCGGGGUCUACCCAAAGGACAUUGUAGCUUACGAAUCCGAAAAGCUGAUAGCUCUUCGUUGUAUUACGAAGCACGUCAAUCCUCAGGCGCAAAUAGUUUGGAGUCAUAAUGGUCAACAGAUUGAUCGAGCUCUAAGGCAGAAAUACUUGGAACUACAAAACAUCUCAACUGCUGACGACGGCACAUACGAAUGUAGAGUAGAAAUUGACGGAAGAGUUUUACGCGAUUCUACACAUCUCAGUGUUGAAUACGCUCCGAAAGCGCCCAAAACUCUGAAAGAUACUAUAUCGGCAGCGUACGGGCAACCUUUGAGUCUUGGAUGCGGUCUAAAAGGAAAUCCGGAACCUUCGAUUUCGUGGAGCUAUCGACCGCUCGAUGAAUCUAAUGAACGUCGUCUCACAGAGGCUAGUGCUAGCCUACUGAUAACGGAAGUGCUUCCCGAAGUCGAAGGAUUCUACAUUUGUGAAGGUAGAAACCGCCACGGAACGGCUAGACGAACAAUACUGGUGCAAGGUGAAGCGAAUGAACCACCAAAGAUCUCCAAACCGAAUGAGAAAGUUAUCUACGUCCAACCUGGAUCACGUGUAUCGUUGAACUGCUCCUGUGAUCUUUGUCAACCACUGAAGGAAUACAUAUGGACAAGUGGUAAAUUAACUUUUGAAAGCAGCCCGUACGAAGUUCAAGGUAAUGCUCGGGUGAAUUUGAACGUCGACCAAACUCGUAAUGCAGUUCAGUACCAGUUAACGAUCGACAACUUUGGUCCGGCGGAUCAAGGAAGCUACAGCUGUAUUCUGACCAAUGCACACGGAGCAGAUAGCUUUAUCAUUCAAGCUAGGCUAAUGGCAGCUCCGCACGUCGACGGCAUACUGAUCGAUGAACAGGUACAUGAUUCUGAGUUUCUAGGACUAAAGGACUCUGUACAGCAGCUUUCAUGCGAAGUGGUGGGAUUACCCGAACCAUCGAUCCAGUGGACAUUCAAUGAGCAACCUUUGGAUGGAGAAAGUCGCUUCAAGCUAUUGAACGAGAACAAAACCGUUCACUUGGUUGAGAAUUUUGGUGAGAUCUACGCAGGUCAUUACAAAUGUAUCGCUACCAAUCCUUUAGGAAUGUCUACCGGAGAAGUUUCAUUACGGUACGGCAGCGUUCCAGUUUUCUUAAAUGUUCCAAUGGAAAGUGUCUUGGUUGAAGCUGGUCAGCAGCUUUGGAUCGACUGUCUAGCCGAAGGCAUCCCUGAACCAAAAAUGUCUUGGUAUUUUAAUGAAAAAUUGCUGGAUAAAGAUCCGCCAUACAACGUGACCCUGGCGGACUCGGGUAUAUACGAAUGUAGGGCCAGUAAUGAGUUUGGACUUGUGUCAGCAAGUUCAACAGUUAUUGUGUACGGUAAACCUGAAUUUCUAUUCCAUUCUGCUGACGAUGAAGUGAUUACCGUUUCUAAGGAAGAGGACGUUGUUCUGGACUGCACCGCCACUGGUUUCCCUGAGCCCAUAAUCAGUUGGACAUUUGAGGUUGACACACUUGAUGAGCUAACAAAUCUCAUAUCGUUGGAUACGGGUCUCCAGAUCUUAAAUGUGUCAUCUGCCAAUCAAGGUUCCUAUGUCUGUAACGCUGAGAAUUCCCAAGGAAACCUUCAGAAAGUCUAUUACGUAUCGGUAAAAGACUCACCAAAAAUUACGUCGGAUAUUCCCAAGCAAAUGCAAAUUCUACCUGAGCAAGAGAUUCAUCUUGUUUGCAAAGGUUCUGGAAAUCCCACUCCUCAACUAGUUUGGACAAAAAAUAACAUUACUCUACAAGAAUCGCCCAGCUUGACGAUCGUCCACGGUGAUGAUUCAGCAGGAAUCUACACAUGCACUCUACGAAAUGAAGAAGGUUCGGAUUCUCGUUCAACUCAAAUCACUGUUCUCAAUCCUCCGAAAAGGUCAGAUAACGCUUCAUCUACCGAUCCGUCCGUAGAAGGCAAACUUAAUGCUCCACUGACUCUUGUCUGCCCGUUCGAUAACUAUGAGAGUCUACUGUGGCAGUUGAACCACCGCAAUCUGGACACUUACCUAGAUCUGACGGAUGUUCGUUUGCUGCAGAAUAUUCUUCAAAUCGAUAAACUCCGUCAAGAUCACGAGGGAACAUACACCUGCUUCGUGGAGAAUCCAGCUGGUCGUAAUAACCAUUCCUUCGUAGUAGGAAUCCUCUCCCCUCCUGUGAUUCAAUCCGUAGAUAACUACGCCGACGAAGAUGGUGACGAUUUGGAUGAUAGUGAGGAAGACUCAGAGAUUGACGCCGAAGUCAGUCUCCUUAGCGGGGAGCAACUUCGGCUGGUUUGUCAUGCAAGUGGAUCACCUCAACCGACCAUUUCUUGGACCAAGGACGAUACCGUGAUUACCAAAGGAAGCGAAUUAACCAUCAAGAGCGUCGACACGCAUCACAACGGUCUUUACACUUGCGUCGCAGAGAACGAUCUUGGAAGUGCCCGUAAGGUCUAUCGUCUGGACGUGAUGACUUCACCGAGACAUUGGGGAGAGACUAACAACCACAUCGAGGUGUUCAAAGACGAAGAUCUGACGCUGGAAUGCGCGAUGGAAGCCAACCCUCCUGCCAGUUUUCGAUGGACAAAGGAUGAUAUUAUCCUAGAUGAAUUCGAAGAUGAGUUGGAAUUCGUUGAGAUCCAGCCGCAAGAUUCGGGGGUCUACACUUGCGAAGCAGAGAACAUUUUUGGCGCAGAUGAGAAGAAAUUCCGCGUCACCGUGUAUCAGCCCUCGGAGAUUACUUUCUUCCCGGAAAAUCUAACGGCGACUGCGGGGAAUUCGAUUGAUCUGAACUGUGAAGCCAUCGGUAGCCCUUUGCCGAUCAUAAGCAUCAUCUACAAAGGAGAUAUUUUAGCCACAACGUCCGAUCUUGACUACAAUGCCCUAACCUUUGAGCACUCCUACAGAGUUAAGCCAAAAUCGUAUGCGGUUCAAUCACAGCAAUUUGUAGCUACUAAGUUGUCGCCGUACGAGAUACAGUUCACGCUCGUUCAACCCAACGCAGCCGCAAAUAAUGCUGGAAAAUAUCUAUGCCUAGCACAAAAUGCCGUAGGCCAUGAUGAGCGAAUUUCCAAGGUGGAUGUUCUCGUUCCUCCGUACAUCCAGAUGAAUAGACUGAAGAUUGGACCGAACUUCUCCAUUUUGGAAGGUUUACCUUUGUAUCUGUACUGUCCAAUUACGGGCUAUCCGAAACCAACUCUCAGUUGGUAUCGUAACUCCAAGCCCAUCAAGUUCAACGGUCCAACGUUGUUCAUCGGAUCAACGAGCCCCAAAGAUCAAGGCAACUAUUCCUGUCUAGGUGAAAACUCCGUUGGAAAACAAGAAAUCUCUUUCUCGGUAAUCAUCCUCGUACCACCAACCAUGAUAAACAGCGUAUUGCUUGAUGAAGAAGACGAAGCAGCUGAUCAACCGAUCAGCAUUCUCAAAGGUGACAACGUAACGCUGGAUUGCGCUAGUAUAGGUUACCCUAAGCCGGAGAUUUUCUGGACCAAAGUCGUAUAUUUGGACGAGAAGCUCAACGAACAAUUGCCAAAUAAGGAGCCGGUUCUUGAGCUGUAUGGCGUUGAGGCAACAUCCACGUAUUCUUGCUUCGUGAACAACACAGCUGGACUGAAGGAAAAGCUGUUCCACAUUGUGGUGGAAUCUGCUCCGCGAUUCCUGAACAUCGACUACGAUUCCAAACCUUCCGUAUCGCUCCAUCAUAGUCUGGACCUGAACUGUGAAGUGGUGGGAACUCCAGAAGCGGAAGUCGUUUGGACGAAAGAUGACUCUGUCGUGACUAGCGAGCAGAAGGGAAUUUUCCUCGCGUCGAAUGGGCAAAUUCUUAGGAUUUCAGGAGCGCAGUCUACGGACGCAGGAGAGUACAAGUGCACCGGGAAAAACUUGCACGGGCAGGUCAGCCGGGAGUUCUACGUGACGAUUGAUGUUCCCGUUAGCUGGUCACCGUGGGCUGAAUGGAGCGCUUGCAGUGCGACCUGUGGGAAAGGCACUCAAUUCCGGUCCCGUAUAUGCUUACUUCUCAGUGGAUCUCCUGCUCACGGUAAACAGUACAACUGCGUUGGAGAGAACGUACAGGUCAAAAAUUGUGAAAUGCUGCCUUGUCCAAUCAACGGCGGUUGGGGCACCUGGAGCAAGUGGAGCAACUGCUCUUUGGAUUGCGUUACCGAGUACACCGGAUUGAAGUCUAUUCGAUACCGCAAUAGAAAAUGUGACUCCCCGCCACCAUCACUUGGAGGCAAACCUUGUGUUGGCGAGGAGUACGAAGAAGAGGUUUGCAGCGUGAAAUUCUGUUCCAUCAACGGCGGAUGGACUCCGUGGACAAAUUGGACUCCUUGCAGCGAGACCUGCGGUUUCGGACGAACGCUCCGAUGGAGAAGUUGCGCCAAUCCAGCUCCACGAAACGGUGGUUUACCAUGUCAAGGAUCGGAGAGUGAAAUCAAAAUAUGCAAAGAAGCGGAGUGCAUUGUCGAUGGCGGUUGGAGCGAGUGGGGUCCGUGGUCGAAAUGUAGUAAGUCAUGUGGAGUUGGAUUACGCAAUAGGAUAAGAACCUGUACCAAUCCUGAACCGAAGAACGGAGGUAAAAAGUGUAGAGGAGAAAAUAUCGAGGUGGACAAAUGUUCUCUCAAAUCUUGCCGGAACGAUGCUCUGCUGAAGAACUAUGAGAAGAAGCCCGCAUAUCAGAAGAAUUAUUCCCCUCUGUUAACGUACGAAUCGAAGUACCCCAAGGAGAAAGACGAAGAGUAUGAUGAAGGAAACGGUUCAGAAGAACCGCAGAAAUUCAAAAUUGUUCGGAAUUUUGAGUUUGCCGAAACGGCCCCUGUUGAGUACGUUGAUGGUCCCGUUGAGGCCGAAUUUGACGACGAUCUUGAUGGCCAUCACAAGAUCACUGUAAGUCUGAAGAAUACAGUUAAUCUUACUCAGGAUACAGCUGCGUACAGCUUGAACUUUGGCGGUAUCAGCAACUCCAUACAGUUCAACUGCGUGCCAGGAUUGGCUUAUAACACAACCUUACGUCAGUGCGUAGACGUGGAUGAAUGUAGAACGGGUGAACACAGUUGUAAUCUGGCCGGACAGAUCUGCGUCAACACUAACGGUGGCUAUGAAUGCGUGUGUGCCACAGGCUACCGAAUGUACUUUGGGGGAUGUGUUGACAUCAACGAAUGUCGUGAAGGUGAACAUCAGUGUUCUCAUUUUUGCGAGAACACCCAUGGUGGAUAUAGUUGCUUCUGCCCAACGGGUUAUGUGCUGUCAGGAGAUGAGCACACAUGUACAAGGAGAAUGACCAGAGAGGAACCGGCGUUCAGUGUAAUGAACUACGAAAUGAUCUGCCCGGAAGGAUAUCAGCUGGAGGGAGGCAAAUGUGUUGACAUGGACGAAUGCCAGUUGAAGGAAGAUGAAUGUAACGAAGAGCAAUCUUGUCUGAAUACGAAAGGUUCUUAUUUGUGUUUACCGACAAGUUGUCCAGAGGAAUACGAUGAAGACGAACAACUUGGUCAAUGCUACCAAACCUGUGGCUAUGGAUCGGCACCAGGUUUAUGCACGGAUGGAGCCCAAAUUGAACAAACGCUUACAUUUAAGGUCAUUUCACUAAAGAAAUACUCGACGAAACAGCCGAUUGCCGUGCUUUCGAUUCCCGCCUACCAGCACGACUCGACGGAGGCUUCGUUUAGUUUUCUAGAGCGGACAUAUGCGCACAUUUUCCGUUUGGACAAGACUCCGCAAUCGCCAGGGGCGGUGUAUCUGUAUGGAAAUAAGAAAUUCCAGCGCGGUAAGAUCUACAAGCUGAAGGUAAUCGCUCAUGCCUUCGGGCUGGAAUCGGGAGUCAUGGACUACGCCCACCGGUUCGUGGUGUAUGUGUACUGCUUAGAUUGAAACUAAUGGGAUUUUUGGGGUUACGUUCUAUAGUUUUGGUAGUUGUAAGGAGUUAAAAACGAGCGUAGGAAUGUACUUUCACUGAUGCCAUAAAGUAUAAAUAUAGUCCGUUUACUGUAAAUCUA